AUGGUUUCUAAUCAACUAAAGAAACAAAUUCUUGCAAAGAGAAAAGGUUUAUCUAAUAAAAAUAAGAUUUCCAAACCAACUUUAAAGAAGAAAUCAAAAUCAAAAUCAAAAUCACCAAAAGUUCCAAAAAAUCAAGAAAAAGAAGUUAUUGAAGGUGGUGAUCAAUUAAGAUGGAAAAAUGUUGAAAUUCCUGAUACUUUAGAUGAUUUUGGUGGUCUUUAUGGAUUAGAAGAAAUUGAUGGUGUUGGUGUUAAAGUCGUCGAUGGGAAAGUUCAAUUCAUUACUAAGGAAGAUAAUGUUAAAAAUGCUGAAGAUGAGGAAGAAGUUGAUGAUAAAGAUCCUUUUGAUAAAGAUAAUGAUGUUUCAAUGGAUGAAGAUGAAGAUGAUGAAAAGAAAGAUGGAGAAGAAGAUGAAGAAAAAGAAGAUGAAAACGAAGAAGAUGUCGACGACAACGAAGAAGAAGAAGAACCAAAACCUAUUGAAAAAAAAUCAAAGCCUGUUAAACAAGAACAAAAAUCCAAAGAGAAUUCUAAACUUGAAGGUUUUGGUAAAAUCUCAAACAAUUUAAACUUUGAAGAAAUUGAAUUACCAGAAGAAGAGGCAGAUUUACCAGCUUGGUCAAAUUUAGAUUUAUCAACAUAUACAUUACAAGGUCUUUCCCAUUUAAAUUUUACAAAACCAACACCAAUUCAAAAAAAAUGUAUCCCUAUUUGUUCAGAAGGUAAUGAUAUUAUCGGUAAGGCAUCAACAGGUUCAGGUAAAACUUUAGCCUAUGGUAUUCCAAUUUUAGAAAGAUUAGUAUCUUUAAAAGAUCCAAAAUUCCCAGCUGGUGUUAUAUUCACACCAACAAGAGAAUUAGCUCAUCAAGUUGUUGAUCAUUUAAAUAAAAUUUCAAAAUUUUUCCCAUCCCAUCAAAGUUCUAUAUUAAGUUUAACUGGUGGUCUUUCAAUUCAAAAACAAGAAAGAAUUUUAAAAUAUGAAAAUUCUGGUCAAAUUAUUGUUGCUACCCCGGGGAGAUUCUUAGAAUUAAUUGAAAGAAAUGGUGAAUUUGCUAAAAAAGUUUCAAAUUUAGAAAUUUUAGUACUUGAUGAAGCUGAUAGAUUAUUACAAGAUGGUCAUUUUGAUGAAUUUGAACAAAUUUUAAAAAUUUUAUCAACAAAUCGUACAAAACAAGAUAAAUGGCAAUCAUUAGUCUUUUCUGCAACUUUUGCAGUUGAAUUAUUUUCAAAAUUAGUUCAUCAAGGUUAUAAACCAAAAGAUGAACCUUCAAAAUUAGAUGAACGUGAACAAAUUAUUAAAAUUUUAAAUGAAAAGAUUAAAUUUUCCAAGAAACCAGAAUUUAUUGAUUUAAAUCCAAAUCAAAAAUUAGCUAAUGAAAUUACCGAAACUAUGGUUGAAUGUUUACCAGCAGAACGUGAUUUAUAUCUUUAUUAUUUCCUUUUAAUGUAUCCUGGUACUACAUUAGUUUUCACAAAUGCAAUUGAUUCUGUCAAGAGAUUAGUUCCAUAUUUAAAUAAUUUAAAAAUUCCAACAUUUGCUAUACAUUCAUCAAUGCUUCAAAAACAACGUUUAAAUAGUAUUGAAAAAUUUAAAGAAUCUGUUUCUAAGAAUUCAGAUCCAAAUAAACCAAUUGUUUUAAUCGCUUCAGAUGUUGCAGCAAGAGGCUUAGAUAUCCCUGGGAUCCAACAUGUUAUUCAUUAUCAUUUACCAAGAAGUGCAGAUGUUUAUAUUCAUCGUUCUGGUAGAACUGCAAGAAGUGGUAUGGAAGGUAUUUCAGUUAUGAUUUGUUCACCACAAGAAGCAAGUGGACCUUUAAGAAAUUUAAGAAAAGCUUUAUCAAAUGAUAAAACUAAAUUUAAAGGUAAAUCUACUAAAAAAUGGACUAAAGAUGUUGAAAGAUUACCAAUUGAAAGUGAUAUUGUUAAUCAAUUAAGAGAAAGAUCUGUAUUAGCUUCACAAUUGGCUGAUAAUGAAGUUUCAACAAAAUCUUUAACUAAAGAGGAUAGUUGGUUAAAACAAGCUGCAGAGGAUUUAGAUAUUGAUAUGAGUGAUAUGGAAGAAGAUGAAAUUUUGAAAAAAAAUAGAAGUAAAAAAGAAAAUAAAAGAUUAUCAUCAAAUGAAAUAUCAAAAAAGAAGUAUGAAUUAUCAGGAUUAUUAUCACAAAAUAUAAGGAAAGAUUUAAGAAAAAGUUAUCUUACUGGUGGUUUAAUUAAUUUAGCUGAUUCAAUUGCUAAAGGUAUUGGACAUGGUAAUAUUAUUGGACAUGAUAAAGUUGAUGCAUUACAACAAUUGAAAACUAAUAAAAAGAAUAAAAAUAAAAAGAAAUAG